UCCGCGGGGCCCUAGCCCACGCGGGAGUCUGCAUCACAGACCGGAGUUCUUCCGAAACCUGGGGCACGCUGAGCGUGCAAGUCUCAGAUGCCUCACUGCCCGUCCUCGCCCGGUGCCCAGGGGCCAUUGCAAGACCCAGCGCAAAGCCGGAGCCAGGCUGGUCCGGAGGGAGCACAGCCGGCCUGAUGGCGCCGCGCCCGCGCCCCUAACUGCCGAGGGCCCUGCUGUGCGGUGGCCGAGCGGGGACCGGCCCAAGGUCACAGCGCUCUUCUGUGGCGGACUCAAUACGCGGAGGUCCCCGAGAGGAGCAGACGGGACAGGAUUGACCUGGCCAGGCCUCGAAUUUGCAGUUCCUUCCUACGGCCAACCUGCAUUGCAUGUGUAUGGUACACGCAUACACACAUACUCUCUAUUUGAUCCGAACCAUCCGGGACCCAGAGAAGCCCAAUACCUUGGAAGAACUGGAAGUGGUGACGGAGAGCUGCGUGCAGGUGCAGGAGCUACACGAAGAGGACUAUCUGGUUAUUAUCAGGUUCACGCCGACAGUACCUCACUGCUCUUUGGCGACUCUUAUUGCUGGAAAUCUACAUUUCCGAAGGAACCCACUCAACAGAAGAGGACAUCAACAAGCAGAUAAACGACAAAGAGCGGGUGGCAGCUGCCAUGGAGAACCCCAACCUGCGGGAAAUCGUGGAGCAGUGUGUCCUGGAGCCCGACUGACAGUGUCACGGGAGCCACCGUGGAGCGUUUGGUGGAUUCGUUUAAACUCUUUGUAAAAUGUAAAAGACUCGUGUUUAAUACAGAGAUUAUUUGUACCUCAAAGCAUUUUCUAAAGGGUUAUUUCCAAGCAAGUUUUAAUUGUAAGGCUUACCUGAUUUGUUCAGCGAAUAACAUUCUCAGGAUUUGUAACACUUAAUCGAUCAGACAGAAGAAUAUUUUCUAGCUAUUAUGAGUAAGAUUAGUUACUAUUUUUCUGAUGCCCAUUCUGAUACUACUUUUCAUGCCGAAUGUCCGCUGUGCUCAAAUGUAUUCAAUUUAAAUCACUACUCUAAAAUAAAUAAAUCAGAUGAUUCUUAUAAUGA